AUGUCACUACGUGAAUCAAUCAGACGUACAAUUUCUCAGUCAGUCUCGCGAGAAUUUACGCGACCUUCUCCUACACUUUCCAGUCCAUCGAGUGUGAUUAAACAUUUGGAACAACAGCUUGUUGAAACGCAGGACUAUAAUGACUCGCUUAAAUUUAUCUUUCAAGGUGUCUUCCGUGGAAAUUUUCCUUCUCUGUAUUCUCACCUUCCAUCAUCCUACGUUAGGAGUAAUGACAGGGCCAAGGUACUCCCAUCUCCAUCUCAUGAUUUCUUAUUGGGGGAUAGAAAAGAGUUCGACGUACGGCUGGAGUCUACUGUCUACCACAUUCACAGUCUGGAGAAUCUAGAUCUUAAUUUACAUACUAAAAUCCCCAGCCAAGGCAAAUUCAUGCGAACAAUUACGUUAAAAAAGAAUCCCGGAAGUCAUCUUUUGGAAAAAGCCGGCAAAUAUGGAACUGGUUAUAAAUUAUCUGGACCAUGUCAUUUGCUGGCUGGCUUAAAUUUGAUGUUGUUUAGAUUAUUAGAUUAG